GGUUUAGUGGAAAUUGCUUUCCCCACUGUCCAGAUUAAAUACUGCAGGAUGAUUUUUUGUAUGAGUAAACAUCCUUCCAAUAACGAUCAGACCGAUAAUGUCUUAAAAAGAGGAAAAGGAUCUACAUUUAGGUUUUCUUCUUCUUGUAUGGACUAUUUCUGGAUACAGGAUCUUAAGGUAACAUGUUGACUGUCCAUAAAAUGCAUUUUAGCAUCUUCCUCCUGUUGUGGGGAUGGAUUUUAUCCACUGAGUGCAGAACCCACCGACAAGGAAAAGAAAUACAUGAGGUAUACAAAAAAGGCAGCCGGCCGCAGCGACAGAGACGGGAAGCCCACGGCGAGGUGCACAAGCAAGGCAGCCCAAUUUUAAAACGAAGCCCUGACAUCACCAAAUCUCCCCUGACGAAGUCAGAGCAGCUGCUGCGAAUAGAUGACCACGACUUCAGCAUGAGACCAGGUUUUGGAGGCCCUGCAAUUCCUGUUGGGGUGGAUGUCCAAGUUGAAAGUCUGGACAGCAUUUCUGAGGUGGACAUGGACUUCACCAUGACACUUUAUCUGAGGCACUACUGGAAAGAUGAGAGACUGUCCUUCCCCAGCACCAACAACCAAAGCAUGACCUUUGACGGCAGACUGGUGAAGAAGAUCUGGGUUCCUGACAUGUUCUUUGUUCACUCCAAGCGUUCCUUCAUCCACGACACCACCACAGACAAUGUCAUGCUGCGGGUCCAGCCAGAUGGGAAGGUACUUUAUAGCCUCAGAGUUACAGUAACAGCAAUGUGCAACAUGGAUUUUAGUCGGUUUCCCCUGGACACACAGACAUGUUCCCUGGAGAUUGAAAGCUAUGCCUACACUGAAGAUGACCUUAUGCUCUACUGGAAGAAUGGGAAUGAUUCCCUAAAAACAGAUGAGAGGAUAUCACUGUCUCAGUUCCUGAUUCAGGAGUUUCACACCACCACGAAGCUUGCCUUUUACAGCAGCACAGGGUGGUACAAUCGCCUCUAUAUAAACUUCACUUUACGCCGACACAUCUUCUUCUUCUUGCUCCAAACCUACUUCCCUGCCACCCUCAUGGUCAUGUUGUCGUGGGUGUCCUUCUGGAUCGAUCGACGAGCAGUUCCUGCCAGAGUACCGCUAGGGAUAACCACUGUGCUGACCAUGUCCACGAUCAUCACUGGGGUGAAUGCUUCCAUGCCUCGUGUUUCCUACAUCAAAGCCGUGGACAUUUACCUGUGGGUCAGUUUUGUGUUUGUCUUCCUCUCGGUGUUGGAAUAUGCAGCUGUGAAUUACCUGACGACGGUGCAAGAGAGGAAAGAGAGGAAACUGCGGGACAAGCCUGCCUGUGCGUGCAGCCUACCUCAGCCUCGGGCCAUGAUGAUGGACGGCAGCUACAACGACGGAGACGUCAAUGAGCUGGGGCACUACAUGUCUGAGAACGGAGACAAACAGGACCGAAUGAUGGUGCAGCUGGCGCUGGGGUCUGAGAGGGGCUCGGGCAGGAGGAAAAACCAGAGAUACGUCAGCAUGCGGAUCGACACCCAUGCCAUCGACAAGUACUCCAGGAUAAUAUUCCCUGGUGCAUACAUUCUAUUUAAUUUGAUAUACUGGUCCAUUUUUUCAUAGGUAUUCAUAACUUCUGUAGCCACAGAGCAUUGUGACAUUAAAUGAAAGUACAGUCUCAUAGGCUAACAGAAAGAAAAUAGAGAAUUGUUUUAAUUGGAAGGAAGAUUGACUUUUUUCAAGAUUUAAUUUUUUUUAUUAGAGGCAACUCAUCUGUGGCAUAAAUAAUUGUGCAAGUUUCACAUGUCAGCAAAAUAUAGGAUACACAAUCUAAAAUUUUAUACUUAUUUGAAGUUGUGCUAUGUUCCUUCUUGUGCCUCGCAGGCCACUGUAAACUAUUUUAACAAGUGACUAUAAUUGCCAGUUGCUUAUAUAUGGUGCAUCCUCCAUUUUGUGCUCCUGAAAUCCUAAUUCUCUGAGUACCUGAGCACAUGCAUACAUCUCUCAACUCAGCAGACUUACCACGUUCAAUACCAAUAAAUACAAGAAAUGCAAAUACUUGCAUUUUUGCAGGAUGAGGUCAGAAAUGGUAAUUACAAACACAAAAUAUCCACAGCUUAAUGCAUGCCGCAUUAGCAGUACUGUACUGACAGGUCCAACUAGGAAUACUUUCAGAUUUGUGCUUUGUCUUGAUUGUAUUUAAAACAAGGAAAUAUUUCCAGACUGUUUUGACUAACUUUUUAAAAUAUGACUUGCAAUGCACAUUUAAUAAGGAAUGAACAAAAGCCAGACUUCUGCAAUGCUAACCAAAUCCUUUGGGAAACACAGGAGCUGUCCUUGGAUGUGCUUAUUUGGGUCACUGGAAGUUUUGCUCUUGAGUUUCCUGGGAGAGGAAACAGAUUUCUCUACAAAAUGAUCCAGUGAAGACAAUCAUGUGUCUACAAAAACCCUUCCAAACUACUCCAAGAAAAGCUUCUCUCCUCUGAGGUAGUCUGAGCAUUACCAGUCUGUACAGCCUGAAAACCUGUUGCAGCCUGUAAAGCUACCAGUAAUUGUACUCACUUGUGGGAAAAGCCAAGUUCAUCUGUUCUUAGUAAAAGCAUAAUAGAAAGGUGCUCAACAGCUGACAAAGCAGUAGUAAGGACUUUAUAUUUGAGUUACUAGAGAUACUAUGCCAAAAACUCUGGAAUUAAGUAAGAAAGAGCUUCCAUGAUAAGACAGCAGCUCAACUGCAGAUGCAGUUUGCACACAAUUGCAGAAUUAUUCCCUGCACAGCAGAUGCUGUUGCCUUUUACAGGUGAAGCUGCUCUGAGCAUCAGACCAAAGCAAUUGUGACUUCAAAAGGAAUCUUCUUACAUAACAUUUGCCCUGGCCUGCCUGUUCUGCCACUGCCAUCAGGCACACGACACAGACAUUGCAGUUGUUUCAACACUGCUGGUUGCUGUUUUCAUUUCCGAUGUAAAUAAAUGUCAUGCAAACAUACUCAGCAUUUCUUACAACUGCUAAAAUCAUGACCUGAAAAACUACCUACACUCAUCUUGCACUUAUAUAGCCCACACUCCACAGGUAAGGCAGUAAAAUCACAAAAGCUAAAAAUCAUUAGAAGACACCCACUCAUAAGAUUUUACUACUCAUUUCUACAGAAUUGCUUUUUUCACAUACAUAAACUUUCAUAGCUUCAUUUUAUCAAGCUCCCUUCAUAUCAUAUUAUUCUCCUGUUAGUUUUUUCAAUAGAUUAAAAACAUACUUUUUUUUAAAAAAAAACCCAUAAACAUUUCAAUCAAAUGAAAGUGGAAAGGUCACUCUGGCAAAAGCAGAUGAAAGGUUGGCCACCAGCUUUGCCCACCCUACCUUAUUCCUUAUUCUGAUGGCACCCUCCACAACCAGUAACUCCAAGAUUUCUUGGGCACUACUUGCACAGGAAUGUAUUCAGAUUCUCAUUUAAGAACCCAUUUAUUUCUACAAUUUAAGAAUAGCACGAACAGGAGUGCCAGAUUUUAUAGUAAGCUCUUCAGCUUCAUAAGAAGCUUAAUGUUAUGUAGUUUGCUGCAGUACUGUAUGUUCCUUUAUAGACUCAUUAAUCUCAUACUACAUACAUUAUUUGGCAUCUGAUCAGUAUAUUAAGGGAGAUUUUGAAGACACAAAUGGGAGCUGGACUUUUGAAUUCCCUGGCUUUCAGUGGGAACCUGGUUUCUAACUUACCAUGAGAUUUUUUUCAAAGUUUCCCUUGCAGCACAACUCCCUAACCAGAUUCCCCAACCUCAGUAUUUGGAUUUAUACUGUUAAUUUACUCGUGUUUUACUUGGGAAACUCUAGUGCCUUUUCAGUCUUAUAUAAAUGUGUAUAUAGAUGUAUUCUAUAAGUACAUGAUAUAUCAUAUACAGUCAGUGUUUGCUAUCAACAACUGUACUCAUUAAACAUAUUUACAUACACCUUUUUUUGGCUUUUAACCUUUCAGUGUAUAUUUUUUGUAUCCAAUCAUUAACACUCUGUUCCUUUCCAUUCCCACAACGAAUCAGAGAUUUGUUUGCUUUUCUUUAUUUCUAGAAACACUCAAAAUCACAAUAAAACUUCACAUUUGUACAGCACCGUGUGUUUUCUACCUUCAAAAGAAUGAUCUCCAUGAGUUUAUACAUGUAUAUAAGACCUUUUUUUGCCCAGGACCUGAUCCAGACAAAUACAAAAUGUCCUCAAAUCUGGUUAUGCUGCUCGAGCUGGAGAGCCUUGUGAUUUCACAGGAAGGGCUCAGAUAAGAAGCCUGCGUGCAAACUCACAAUCACCACAACGAUGACACUAGCUUUCCACCCCAGAUUGUGUACAUUACACUCCUCGUUCUUCUUGCUUUGGGUGAUAUUUUACAAAAUAAUUCAGACCUAUUUCUCAGAGGUUAACCCAAAGCCCAGCCUGGGAUGAUGCUCUUUUCAAAAGCUGAAGAGUAUUGGCAGGUCUGUGUGGAUCUUGGAUAGACACAAGUUAUGCCUACAAGCAGAUGAAGAGAUCUAUGUCUAAAUGAAAAGGCUGGGAGGUUGGGAGACUAAAAUCUUUAGUAGUUUCUAAGGAUGAUGCUAAUUACUGAUAGGGUGAAGCAGCAAAAAGGCAGAGUUCAGUCUGUAACAGAUAGAAUACUGAGAAGGCAUGAAGAAUGAUAAAUUAUUUCUUCCCUAGUAAAAAAAAAAUUCUCAUAGUAAUCAAA